CAUCCGACCCGUUUAAAAAUUACUACAUCGUCUGAUAGGGCACUUUUUUUCUGGUAGCUCGAAACUCCAGCUCUGUGUAAGCAGCCAUUUUCCGAUAUUCUGACUUGUCGAGUUACCUCGGCCGAGUCCACUCAGAAAUGUACGCCAGAAGUGCACUCGUCACCUUCAAAUCACUCAGACCUUUAUGCAGAGCAAGACCCUCCGUGCUUACGUGUCCAUUUCUCACUCCUGGUUCUGUUAAAAAUCUCAGCACGGCUUCCGAAAGAUUGGAUCUUUACAACAAUUUCGAGAGGAAUACUGCUGAAAAUCACGCGGAUUAUGGCAGCUAUAAUCAAAGUGGUCGGGUUUACGACAGGAAUUUGGGUGGGGUCGAGCAGAACCAAAACCCUAGAGGGGUUUAUGGGCAGAAUUUAAAUGGUGGAUACGGUGAAUUUGGCGGCGGAAGGUCGGAUGUUUCCGAUACGGUUGGGGGUGGUGAUGCUCAGAAUCGUUCGGAGUACGAUCCCGGUAAUCGGGAAAGACGAGUUUUCGGUGGAGGAUUAGAUGGAGGUGUGCAAAUUCGAAACCCUAAUCCGCUCUACGGUCAAAAUUUUGAUGCCCCUCGGCAGAACUCAGAGUUCAUUGGUUAUGUCGGUAGAGGAAAUUUUUCUGGUCAGAGUAAUAAUGAUGGGAUUAAUUAUUCAAAUGCAGAAAAUUACCAGCAAAAUUGGAAUGGAAAUCGGGUUGGUGGAAUUACUGGUUCUCAAAUCGAGUCCGCUGAAGUUGCUGAAGGGACUCGAUUCAGAAGCAAAAUAGAGGAUCUUGAUGAGUUUAUCAAGGAAGGAAAACUAAAGGAAGCGGUGGAACUUUUGGGAGUUAUUGACAACGAGGGUCUUGCACUUGAUCUCCCUCGGUACGUGUCGUUGAUGCAAGCUUGUGGGGAGAACGAAGCAUUGGACGAGGCUAAAUCCGUCCACCAGCACCUCAUAAAGUCAAUGCCAAAUCUUGAAGUCAAAACACACAAUUCGAUUCUUGAAAUGUAUUCUAAAUGUGGCUCCAUGAAAGACGCGUUCUCAGUGUUCGAUCAAAUGCCCCAACGAAAUCUCACGUCAUGGGACAUCAUGAUAUCUUGGCUUGCAAAGAAUGGUCUCUGGGAAGAUUCCAUUGACUUGUUUACAGAAUUCAAAAAUUCCGGACUGAAACCCGACGGGCAAAUGUUCGUGGGUGUGUUUUCCGCGUGUGGUUCAUUAUGCGAUAUCGUUGAAGGAAUGCUCCACUUUGAGUCAAUGACAAAAGAUUAUGGGAUUGCUCCAACUAUGGAACACUAUGUCAGCAUCGUGGAAAUGCUCGGAAAUGCAGGAUUCUUGAAUGAAGCUCUAGAAUUCAUUGAAAAAAUGCCAAUUAAACCGGAUGUAAAUAUUUGGGAAACAUUGAUGAAAUUCUCUAGAUUACAUGGAAAUACAGAGCUUGGUGACCGUUGUGCUGAGCUCGUUGAGCUAAUGGAUCCCUCACGUUUAAACGAGCAAUCAAGGGCAGGCUUAAUACCAAUCAACGCAUCCGAUAUUGCAAGAGAGAAAGAGAAGAAGAAAUUGAGCGGCCAAAAUCCAUUAGAUGUUAGGAGUAGGGUCCACGAAUACAGAGCGGGAGAUAGGUCCCACCCUGAUAAUGACAGGAUAUACACAUUGCUUAGAGGGUUGAAGCAGCAAAUGAAAGAAGUUGGUUAUAUACCUGAGACGAAAUUUGUGCUACAUGAUGUUGACCAAGAAGUCAAAGAGGAGGCUCUUAUGGCCCACAGCGAGAGGCUUGCUGCCGCACAAGGGUUCUUGACUAGUGCUGCCCGCUCACCCCUUCGUAUAAUCAAGAAUCUUCGUGUUUGUGGGGAUUGUCAUAACGCGUUUAAGAUUAUAUCGAAGAUUGUUGGGAGGGAAAUUAUCGCGAGGGAUAGUAAGAGGUUUCAUCAUUUUAGAGAUGGCUCAUGUAGCUGUAACGAUUAUUGGUGAAAUGAAUACGGCUUUUUUUGUAUUGAGGUACAUGCCUUAUUUUUUUUGCCCCUGUAUUAGUUUAUGGACUCGAUGAUCAAUAUAUGCUUCAAUUUA